UUAAAGCGCCCACCGCGGGUCCUCAGCGCCAGCGGGAAGAGGCGGGAGCUCGGCUUGGCCCUUGACUCCAGCCUGAAGGAUGCUGAGUCCAACUGACCCCCUCGAUGCCAAGCCUCGGAGCACCCCAGUCCCCGACGGUGUCCCCGCGGGAAGGAGGGUCUCCCCAGGAUGCCCGGAGAGGCCCCCUGGGCCGUGCGCGCCGCCGGGGCUGGAGGAGGCUCUGAGCUCGCUGGGGCUGGAGGGAGAACGUGAGUACGCCGGGGAUAUCUUCGCCGAAGUCAUGGGUUCUAGAUGGGGACACGGAAGAGCAUAUUCGGAGGGGACGUCGGAGGCCAGUUUGUGUGUGGCACUCAUGACAUCCAACUGGUGCGAGGAGAUUGCUGCACCCAGGGCUGGAGCCCGGGAGAGAAGCCGAGGCGCAGGUGAGGAGAGUGAGGCCGUUCCUGCCCGACCCCAGGUGUGCCGCGCGCUGCCCCGGAGGGCCCUGCCCCGCGCCGUGACCCCGGAGAUGCGCGCGCUAGUGGUGGACUGGCUAGUGCAGGUUCACGAGUACCUGGGCCUGGCGGGGGACACGCUCUACCUGGCCGUGCACCUGCUCGAUUCCUACCUAGGCGCGGGCCGAGUGCGCCUACACCGCCUGCAGCUGCUGGGCGUGGCCUGCCUGUUCGUGGCGUGCAAAAUGGAAGAGUGCGUGCUUCCAGAGCCCGCCUCCCUCUGCCUCCUGGGCGAUGGCUCCUUCUCGCGGGCCGAGCUUCUGUGCGCGGAGCGCCGCAUCCUGAGCCGCUUGGAUUUCCGGCUGCACCACCCGGGCCCGCUACUUUGCCUCGGGCUGCUUGCUGCGCUGGCCCGGAGCGGCCCACAGGUGUUGCUACUUGCCACUUACUUCCUGGAGCUGUCUCUGCUGGAGGCCGAGGCAGCAGGAUGGGAGCCGGGUCGCCGUGCCGCUGCAGCGCUGAGCCUGGCACACCGGGUGCUCCACGGGGCGGGUUCCGGGCCCGAGCCGGCGCUUUACAGCCGCGCUCUGAGGGAAGAAUAGGGGGUCUGGCCCUCCUCGGCGCCCUCCAGUCACUCUAGAUGAUGGACCGCGUGUCCGACCUCGAGAGAACUCCUGAGAAGUCCUCGGGGACCCAAGUCAGCUCGUCUUCUCAGCCUCGAGCCCCAAGCUCCGAGGACAGGUCGUCUCCUAUUCCCCGCUACCCCUGCCCCAUCUCUGUUUCUCCGUCUCUCCGCCGCAGCCGGGCGGAGCUGGGCCCGGUCGAGCCGUGCAUGGUCCGCGCCGCGCUCCGAGGCCCUGCGCCCGGCCUCGCCGCCAUCUUCCUCAAGUACGCGCGGCCCCAACGCCAGGGCACCAGCCUCGCCGCCGCCCGCCU